AUUGGUACAGAUUAUCCUUUAAUAACUAAAAUCGUUUAUUUCAGGUGCUUGCUAUGCAGAAUUCGGCGUGAGAGUACCGCACACGACGGGCUCUGCCUAUAUGUACUCUUACGUCACCGUCGGCGAAUUCAUAGCCUUCGUGAUCGGCUGGAAUAUGAUCCUGGAGUACCUCAUCGGUACUAGCGCUUGCGCGUGCGCAUUGAGUGCCUGUUUUGACGCCUUAGCCAACGGUGCUAUUACGUCGGCUGUUCACGAGAGUAUAGGAAAGACUAUUGGAAGAGACCCGGACUUCCUAGCCUUCGUUAUCACCCUCCUGAUGAUGGUCCUUCUUGCAGCGGGCGUUAAAAAAUCGUUAAUAUUUAAUAACAUCCUGAACGUAAUCAACUUCUCAGUGUGGAUAUUCGUGAUGACAGCCGGAUUAUUUUACGUCAACACAGACAAUUGGACGAAACACAAAGGGUUCCUGCCCAAGGGUUGGUCAGGGGUAUUUACAGGAGCUGCUACCUGUUUCUAUGCAUUUAUUGGCUUCGACAUCAUAGCCACGACUGGCGAAGAAGCAGCUACACCAAAAAAGUCUAUCCCUUUAGCCAUAGUGUCCAGUUUAGCCAUAAUUUUAAUAGCAUACGUCACUAGUUCGAUGAUGCUCACAUUAAUAGUUCCAUAUACAGAGGUGGAUGAAGAUUCAGCUCUGGUCGAAAUGUUUGGGCAGGUCGGAGCUUACAGAUGCAAAUAUAUUGUUGCCGUAGGGGCCUUAGCGGGAUUGACUGUCAGCAUGUUCGGUUCCAUGUUCCCAAUGCCUAGAAUUAUUUACGCUAUGGCGCAAGACGGAUUAAUAUUUAGGAUGUUUUCUCAAGUAUGGCCAAGCACCGGAACACCUGUAAUAGCUACAUUUAUAAGCGGAUUGACAGCCGCGAUAGCGGCACUUUUUAUACGACUGGAAAUACUUGUAGAAAUGAUGUCUAUAGGUACCCUUCUCGCAUACACCUUGGUCUCAACUUGCGUCUUAAUUCUCCGAUAUCAACCGCAUUCCACGAACCUCGUCGAACUACUUCCACAAAGUCUUCGGACGCCCAUACGGGGCUCGCCUACCAAAGAAGCUUUAGUCGAUAAUCCCGGCGGACAAACGUUGUACGGGAAUCAGUUGCAACCCGCUCAACUUAAACACGCUAUAGAUUCCUCGCUCGGUCCGCCGAUUCCUUCGCCUUCGCCGUCGCCGUUGCCUUCGCAAACCACCCAGAGGGUGAUGGUAAGGAGGAUCACCAGAAGUUCUCCGGAUAGUGACGAUACUUUUGGAGGCGACGAACCUGAAGAAGAUUUUUCUGGAAGAGAUGAUCAGUUUUUGGUUUCUGAUAGAACGGAAAAUAAAUUUUAUGGUACCGUUCACGGGGGUGGUAGUGCAACUAGUACAGGAGGUGUAGUUGGUUCUACAGUCGGACCCAGCUUAGGAUAUAUUGGAAGAAGAUUACAAGCGGCCACAUAUUUGUGUCCAGCCAUCUUCCCUUGGGUAGACACUGGACCCGCAACAGAAGAAUCAGGAUUAUUCGUUAUGAAAAUGGUCGGAUAUCUGUAUGUUCUCAUCAUAAUAUUCGACCUCAUCAUUGUGUGCGGCAUGGACGACAUGAACAGCGCUACCUCAUUUUUUCUGUGGGUAUUUUUCCUCGCUAUAGUUUCCAUUUGCCUAAUUAUUUCGAGAAAACCGCAAAACAGAAAUACGCUAAUGUUCAUGACUCCAGGCCUUCCAUUCAUUCCCGUCGUAGCAAUUACCGUAAACAUUUAUUUAAUAAUGAAGCUGUCGAUUUUGACUCUAGUGAGAUUUACCACGUGGAUGACUUUGGGAUUAAUCAUGUAUUUUUACUACGGCAUUAAGAAUAGCACAAUGGAGGAAGGAUGCGAUAAUGAUCACAUCGAAUUGACGGUAACUGACCACGAAAAGCCCAAGUAUAACAGCACGUCGCCGUAUAGUGGAGGGGAUCAUAAUAUAUUCAGGUAA